AGAAAGACAGAUAGAUUAACAUUGAAACCACCCUCCACUUAGGAGACAACAACUGCCAUCCUGCUACUCGUCAUUGGAUCUUGCCGUAUGGCUCAGACUGGUUUAUGUUGAGAUUUCGGCUCCGUUAAGAGAUACACUGGGCCCUCCUCCCUCUGCCACUCCAUCCCUCCCCUCCCAGGACGAUCCCUCUGGCGUCAUGUCCGAGUCGCCGCCGCCCCCACCGGCAUGGAGUAUUACGACCAUGGCCAACAGCGCCGUGCAGUUCCUGCGACUUCCAGUGAUUGCCUCGUCUGGGCUGGCCGUGGUGGCGAGCGGGCUGUUGUACUUUAAGCAGAAUGAACUCAUCUAUCCACGAAACGUCCCCGUGGACGCUCGCACGAAUGUCCCGAAACCGCGCCAGUUCGGGAUCUCCGACUACGAAGACCUGCAGAUUCCAACCCCUGAUGGCGAGUCGUUGAACGCCCUGUUGCUGCGGCCGGAGACGAAACGGUUGGGACCUCCCGUGACGGUGCUCAUGUUCCACGGUAACGCGGGCAAUAUCGGUCACCGCAUCCCAAUUGCCAAGGUCCUGAUGGAAAUCCUUGGUUGCCAUGUCCUCAUGCUCGAGUAUCGUGGGUACGGCUUGUCGACUGGCACCCCUGACGAGGCCGGCCUGAAGAUUGACGCCCAGACGGGAUUGGACUAUAUCCGCCAGCGUGCUGAGACGCGAGACUCGAAGAUUGUGGUGUACGGACAGAGUCUCGGCGGUGCUGUCGCCAUCAAUCUUGUGGCGAAGAAUGAGGGCCGCGGCGAUAUUGCCGGUCUCAUCCUUGAGAAUACCUUCCUCAGUAUCCGCAAACUAAUUCCCACUGUCUUCCCCCCGGCUCGCUAUCUGGCUCGUCUCUGUCACCAGUACUGGACGAGCGAGGACAUCCUACCCAAGAUCUCAGAUGUACCCGUUCUUUUCCUGAGCGGGCUAAAGGACGAAAUUGUCCCACCAUCGCAUAUGACCCAGCUAUUCGCCGUGUGCAAGGCACAACGCAAAUUCUGGCGCACACUCCCCAACGGCGGCCACAACGACAGCGUUGCCGAACCAGGCUACUUCGAACAUAUCCAUUCGUUCAUCAUGGAAGAAGUCAUCAGCGAGCAAUGAACCUUGCCAGUCAACAAACCCUGGCCGCUGGGUUAUCCUGCGGUUCGACAGAAGAUUCCUUCUGUAAAUCAGUUCCCCAUGGAUUUGAUAUCGCGCAUAGAGAAUCCCUUACACACAUAAUGUUAAUAUCUCUGCGAUGCAGAAUCGGAGACGGUGUCGAUGGUCGGGUCUUACGACCAUGUUAUUCGGUGUCGGUACAGGUAGAACCGAAUCAGCUCUGAUUUCCUUUCUUUUUUGUUUUUUUCUUCUUUUUUUUCUCUUUUCCUUUUGCCGGUUUUCCAAGUUGUAUAUCCCUUUUGUUUCUGUAUAGGAUUUGUUGUUAGCUGGAUAUUUAUGGCGAGUAAUUAGGAAUUAUCUAUAUUUUCUGAGAAUGAUAAUUGGAGUCACUGG